AUGUUGCAUUUAAGACCAGAAAACUUGCUGGUGCAAAAAACCCUGACAGAAGCGUGGAACGCUUCUGAGUCAGGAUCUCCAUUGACUUUGGAUAGAGUGAUCUCUGAUUUCGACUACACCACGCUCCACGUUUCUAACUCCCCCGACAAUAAGAAUGUGCUGUGGUUGAGUAUCAAGACAAAGGCAUGGCAAAGUGUUUCAAAGUGUGGCGACGGGUUUCUAGAGCAUUUGCAGAGCAAGUAUAGUGGAUUUUCCGGAAUCGCACCAGUGGGCCAGCCGGAACAGGGUUACGAUUAUACUUUGUCUGUGGAUUUGGCACAGCUGCAACCAGAUGCGAUUGUGCAGCUGUCAUUGCUCAAGAUCCAUAUGAUGAGCUUUGCGUUCCAACUGGCAUUUCACGAAUUUUCGCUACUCAGCCAGCAAGCCCAAGACCCGGCCUCGUUUUCUGGCUCCAAUGAUACCGGAACCGUUCGCCAGCUGCAGUACCGCGAUGACGAAAAUAUCUUCAUCAAACCCUCGAAUGAUCGUAUCACGGUGAUUUUUGAGACCUUCUUCCAAGACGAGACCGAUAAAGUAUUCGGAAAGGUCUUCCUGCAAGAAUUUGUAGAUGCUAGGAAGCGUAAUCGCAGCAUUCAAUCCGCCCCACAAGUGCUUUUCUCGCACGAACCUCCCUUGGAAGCCGCGUCCGUGAUGACCAGUCGCAAGGCAGACAAGAACAGACGUUUUAUUACAUUUGUGUUGUUUCAACGCCAUUUCCAAACCCCAGAGCUUCAGUUCUCUUCCGUGUGUCACCUAGCAUUGUUUAGAAACUACUUCCACUACCAUAUUAAGUGUUCCAAGGCAUACAUGCACUCUCGUAUGCGGUAUAGGGUCGACACCUUCAUCAAGGUGUUAAAUCGUGCUAAGCUUGACGAAAAAGACGAUGGCGACCAGACGAGGAGGACAAUCACUGGGAGAAAGCUUGUAUAUUAA